ACAAGGUACAAGAUAGUAUCUAUCCUCCUUGGUUGCAAUUUACUCGAGGGGCAGGUAUACGGAGUGAGGGAAACGCAGGGCUCCACUGAACCUAACUGGAUUAGACUAUUAGACAGAAGCCAUCUUUAGAAAGCCUCAAGUGUUCAGUGUACUGUUAUUCGUUCCACGGUAGAUCAUAUUUAAUUCGCGCAACUCAGUUAACUUCAGAAGUCACCCCUCCACUCAGUGCUGACCUACUAACAUACUUUUUUACUCGGUGGAUCAUAUACACGGUGGAUAAAAUACACGAAUCCCGAUAGGUGUGUAUGUAAUGCAGUAUACGAGUAGUAUACAAAAUAAAAUUUCACUGGGUAUGUAAUAGGAUACAUGAUCGGCAUCACGAAGACUUUAAGAACGCAUGUGCAUUACCCCCGAUUGCAGAACAUGCAGAACCAAUCAGAACGGACCGGCGCAGUAUGAACGAAAACUCGUCGUUCGGCACCGCGGUUCUGUCCCGAAAUAAAGUAUAGGCAAAAAAUUUAGAAAGCUUUAGAAAGCUGUUUAGAAAGCCAUUUUUAGAAAGUCUGAUGUGCUCGGUGUGCUGCUAAUCUCGUACCAAAGGUUAUGUUAAAAUGUUAUAGUGCUUAUUGUUGCAAAUAUGUGCACUUUGUCAUGUAAACAUUGAUCCGGAAAGUAUUCCUCAUGUCACUGCUUUCUUAUAGUGACUAGUAAUAUUUCCUAGCUGCACUGCAAGUUUCCUAGAAUUAUUGAACACUAUCUCAGAGAGCGCCAUCACGUGUAAAAGUUCGACAUCGAGUUUCUUACCUACAUUGCGGCAACUGCAACCAGUACAGAAAAUGUAAUAUGGUGGACAAUGGCGCUACACGGUUUAAGAAAGAUAUAUUUUCAUAACAUUUAAAAACAACUUUUUUGUGUGGUUAUUCGUGCCUGAAUAAUUGUAGCAUGGAGACUCGAACAAAUGAGCUGUUAACAACAGGUCCAUUGCCAACGAUCAAGGAAGAACCACUUGAUCAAACUGGCGCGAAGCAAGACAUGCAACCAUCUCAAGUACAGGGCGUUUGCAUCGAGGAAGAAUGUGAACAGCGUAUCGAAUGUACAACUGAUGGUCAAGAAAAUGAAACGCGUGCAUUUUUAUCAAAGUGUGUAUUUUGUGGGAAAACUUUCGCGUUUGGUGAUGAUCCAAAACUUUUAGAAUGUUUACAUGCAGCAUGCUCAGCAUGUGUCAGUACUAAACUCAACGAUCAUAAUACAUCAGUUGACGUGGAUGUUCUGUUGGAAAGCAAUGUAAUUGCAUGUCAAAUUUGUAAUGUUACUACUCAAGCAGAAAAUUUAAUUGAGAACCGAUUUCUUUCAAAAUUGAUAGAAGAAGAUAAUAGCCCAGGUACUGAUGAUGAAUCUAAAGAAACGGAAGAAGAAAAAAAAUGCACUAGUUGUCAUGAUAAUGCUCCUGCCACAAGUUGGUGUGUGGAAUGUGAAGAAUUUAUUUGUCAGAGUUGUGUUUUGGCACAUCAAAGAUUAAAAAUCACAAAGGAUCACACAAUUAAACCAAAGGAUGAAGUAGCCAAUGAUAGAGAUAAUGUUAAAAAAGCUAGCAAAAAAACACCUGGCUAUUUGUUUUGUACUAUUCAUUCACAUGAACAGUUGUCUUUAUUUUGUCAAACAUGUGAUAGAUUAACUUGUAGAGAUUGUCAGUUAAGUGAACACAGAGAUCAUAAGUACAAAUUUAUUCACGAAAUUGCUGCAGAAACACGAACUUCUGUAUUAACUUUACUGAAGGAAGUAAGUUACAAACGGGUUCUACUGAAAAGUGCAAUGAAGGUUAUAGAAGAUAGGCAAGGUCUUAUUUUAGAGAAAAAGAAAAGUUUAGUACAAGACAUAACACAAAUGGUGGUGCAAUUAACAAAUGCAAUUAAUACGCGCGGCAAACAGUUGGUUAUGCGUUUGAACGAAGUUUGCGAUCAAAAGCAAAAUACGUUAAACGAAAAAAAGGUUGCUUUAGACCAAUUAUCAAAACUUACAGAUCAUUGCAUUCAGUUUGUAACUCAUGCUUUAAAAAAGGGCUCAGACAUGGAAUUACUUUAUAGCAAAAAAUCUGUUACAAGCCAUUUGCAAAGAAUCAAAAGUAGGCGAGCUGACAUUCCAAAUCCAGAAAUACCAGUUAGAAUACACUUAUCCUUGGAAAAAGUACCAGAUUUGAUAAAAGUGGUUUCAUCUAUUGGAGCAAUUGUUGUAGAUGGUAGAGUAUACCCUUCUAUAUCUCCAUUAGGGGGAAUAAAUGCACCAUCUAUGUCAUACAAUGAAUCUCAAACAGAUCAAAAACAAACACCCACUCUAUCAACUGCACACAUGGAUGGCUCUCCUGUAACUGCGCAACUGCCAGCUGCUACACAACAAUCAAGUAAUAUGCAACAAAAUUCCUAUCAACAAGUGCCUCUUCAUCUAGCAACUCAACAACAACAACAACAGCAGCAGCAGCAACAACAGCAACAACAACAACAGCAGCAGCAGCAGCAAGCGCCGUCACAAAAUUAUCCUAUGCAACAUCAUCCUCUGAAUAAUAUGCCACCACGAUCAUCGCCACAGGCGCAUCAACCACGGGUGCCGUAUGCAGUUAAUUUUAAUAACCGAUUACAACAACCAUUAAUGAUGCAGCAGCGUCCUUUAGGAAGUUGUCAUCAACAAGUAACAUCAUCUACGCAUCCUCAUCAGCAAGUUCAUAUAGACCAACUGGGACAAAACACAAGUUUGCGUGGACUUCUUGCACAUAAUCCUCCCCCUUUCCGCCCUUCUUCAAAUCAUGUACCAUAUCGAUUACCACCUUAUAGGUAUCCUUCAAAUAAUUCUCAACGACCAGUACAACCGCAUACGUAUCCACCAGCCACUCCACCUAUAUCAAUGCCAGCUAUGAGGCAUCAACAAUGUAGUCCUUCUCUACCUGCACAACAUAUGAAUUAUCCUAUUCAACAACCAGCUGCAGCUCGUUGGCAUAUUCCUCAAAAUGUCAAUCCUUGUCUUCCUUGUUAUACUUCCCGUCAUCCAACAGCACCUUCCAUGCCAGUUCCUACUAAUGAUACUUACAAAAUAACAUUAAAAAAUCAACAGUCAAAUACAAAUCAAAAAUAUAAUACACAAACAAGUACUGCUUCCGACAAUCCACCUCAAUCACAAAAUUUAGUGUCCGUUGGCCACACAGUCAGUUCAUCAGUACCUAAAACACCUAGUCCUGUGCCUCCUGGAAAAUCGGAUGAAACUGAAAAAAGUUUAGACAAAUUUUGCCAAAAAUCAUUGAAUGAUUUAAUGCUGACUAUCGCAAAAUUAGAUAGUAACGGAAUCGUGGUAAUACCAGAAGCUCAACGAAAUCAAUUAGAUUCGACUCAAGUAGAUAGUUCAACGGACGAAGGAAUGAAUCCAAUGACUGAAAAUUCAUCAGAUAAUUCAAAAAAUGCUGCAGCAUCCAUGGCAAAGGAUGAUCCUAACGAAGACUGGUGUGCUGUAUGUAUGGAUGGAGGGGAUGCAGUACUAUGUUGUGAUAAAUGCCCGAAAGUCUUCCACUUGUAUUGUCAUAUUCCUAGCUUGAAAUCGUUUCCUGAUGAAAGCGAAACCUGGCAAUGCAUGCUAUGUACAAAUGUUCUCGAUUGCACGGAUGAUCCACCAGGAGAAAAGAGACCAAAUACAAUGAGCGCCAAGGAAUUACGUAUUGCACAAAGAAUUGUGUUAGAACUUUAUUGCCAGUACGAACAGAGUUUACCUUUUCGUGAAGUUGUAUCUAGUGAGAUAGUGGAAUAUCAUCGUAUCAUUAAAAAACCAAUUGCAUUAGAUGUAAUUAGAGAUAAAUUAAAACCAGAACAUCCAAAUCAUUAUACAGAUUUAAGACAAGUAAUGGCAGACAUCAGAUUGAUGUUUAAGAAUGCUUUUACAUACAACCCUGUUGAAUCGCAAGUAUAUCAAGAGGCUCGAAAUUUAGAAGAAUUUUUUGAAAAGUUAUUGUUGAAAUGGGCUCCAAAUUAUGCUUACGACGAUCCUUUCCUUUCGGCUGAUAGAGACGAAGACGAAGAAGUAUUUCCUCCUAAUAGAAAAUAUCGACGUAUAGUUAGCGAUUGAUUUUUAUUUCUCACAAUUAAGCACUUGAAUACGUAUAUUAUUUUAAAACACGUUAUAUUUUAAAGUAACUCGUGAACAUUUCUUAGUUAUAAUGAGCAUUGCUUUUCGCGUUUAGUGAAUUGAUAAAAUACAUUAUAAAUGUUUAAAGAUAGUUACAAAACAACUGGAUAAACAUUUAUAACUAUAGCGUAGAAUUCUUUGGAUGUUUUGUUUCAUAUCAGUAAAUUUUAUAUCAUGCUUAACAUGUAUAAGCUUAUAGAUGCAUGAAUUUAUAAAUCAAUAGUGAGUAUAUUUUUACUCACAGGGUUUAUCAAUAGAAUAUUCAGAUGUUUACUGUCAUUAAUGAAUUUAUCGUGAAAUCAGUUGAUGAAAUAUGUAUCAUUGUUUCACGUGAUUAAGUGAUUUAUUAAAAGAAAAUUAUAUUAAUUUUAUGAUGAAGUAUUUCGGUAAAUACACAAGUAUAUUUUUUAUAAAGUAUUAUGACUUUUACAUAUAUAUAUACAUAUAUACAUACACACGCUAUCAUUCUAAUAAAAUUUUGUGGGGAAAAUAUUGUAUUAUUUGUUGAUGAAAAAUUAUGAUCGAAUAUGUUACAUUAACAUACUAAUUGGAACUUUUAUAAAUUGAUAUAAUUCGCAAAACUUAUUGUUUUAAAUGUAAUUCAUCCUUUUAACAUUUUAAAUUAUAUAUUACAUUUAAUAGUUAAGCACGUGUUCAAUUUGUUGUGUAACAAUAUAUUAAAAUUAAUUACAUUAAUGUUUGAUUUUUACCUUUUUUUAUUGUCAAUUUUAUAACACCGACAUUUUUGUUCAAAAUGAAAUUUUUUACUUUUGUUGUAUUUAUUUGAUGGUAUUCAAAUAUAUACUUUCUGAUAAUUUUACAUGUGUUAGAUUAAGUACACGUGUAUAAUAUGUAAAAAUGUUCGGUAAAAUUUUCAAGAUAAUUUUAUUUUCUAAAAAAUUGAUUUUAUAGUCGAAAUUGUAAAUUUAUAAAUCAAAUUCAUCGUUUCAAAUAUAAUAGAAAGAUUAAUAGGACAAUUAAUUGUGUCACAAAUAAAAAAAUAUUACAUAUUAG